AUGUCAUUAAUACCACUUCCAGAAUCCCUUAUCCCCUUCCUCCAAUCCUAUCUCCCCCCACAAAGAACCGAUAAAAUUCAUGUCACAUUAACUUAUGCUCAGUCCUUAGAUGCACGUAUCGCCGAAAAACCAGGCAUUCAAACUAAAUUAUCCCAUGUUGAAACAAAAACAAUGACUCAUUAUUUACGGUCAAAACAUGAUGCUAUCUUAGUUGGAAUCGGUACUGUCUUAGCAGAUGAUCCAAAACUUAAUUGUCGUUAUGAAAUUGACCACACUGUACCACAUCACCCCAGACCUAUUAUUGUUGACCCCCAGGCAAGAUGGAAAUAUCAGGGGUCAAAUGUUCUGAAAGUGUAUAAUGCAGGAUUAGGAAAAGCUCCAUAUAUCAUCGUUGCCGAGGGUGCUAAAAUUGACCCAGAAUCAGAAAAGGCAGUUCAAUUGGCCGGUGGACAAUAUAUUAGGUUCCCAGUGCAACCUAACGGGGGGUUAUGUUGGCAUCAAGUUUUGACCAAAUUGCACGACUUGGAUAUUCAAUCAAUUAUGAUUGAAGGUGGUGCGCAUGUUAUAGAUGGAAUACUUAAAUUUCAUAAGAUUCAACCUACUAUCAAUUCUUUAAUCAUUACAAUUGCUCCUGUUUAUUUAGGUAAGAAUGGAGUUGAAGUUUCUCCUUGUAAUAGAGUAGAUCUUGUUGAUGCUGAAUGGUGGACUGGUUUACAAGAUAGUGUCCUUGCUGCUAGAGUUUCAUAA